AUGGCGUCACCACAGAGUAUCACAGUUGAUCAAGUAAGACUGAUAUUAAACGAAGUUAUUGACACCUUGGAAUCACCUGACUAUGCACCAAAGCUUGACGAGGCCAAGGAGGCGGCAGGAAAUGAAAUGUUGAAAAUGAUGCAGAUUGUUUUCCCUAUGGUUGUGCAAAUUGAGAUGGAGACUAUUAAGCGCCAUGGAUUUAUUAAUUCUCGAGAAGGUAUCGUGCAGUUCACGCAGAUUGUGCGUGAAAUGGAACGCGCCGACAACGAAGUGGCCCGCCUGCAUGCACAGAUCCGUGCACAUUACUUGCCGCCAGUUUCCAUCAGCUCCACUGUCGACACAUCGCUUUAA